AUGGCGAGCAAAGCUGUGAAAAGAGUAUCCAGUUCUGCUGUGGAUUGGGCAAGAUUUGCAGCUGUUAUUCCAAAAGUUCAGAUUGAUACUCUGAGAAAUAUAAAAACCAAGCAUGACACCUUUCUCAACAAGGUUCACCAGCUGCCAGAAAAUUUGCCAAAAAUAGAUUUCUCUGGCUACAAGUCAAGGCUUCCGGAUCCCUCAAUGGCUGACCGCUUCCAGAAGGCUUAUGAAGCGCUGAGUAUUCCAUAUCCAGUAGACAAGGAUCACUUCUUGCAGAAGGUGGAGGCAGAGAGAGAGGAACAGGAUAAAGUGGUCAAACAGAUUGUGACUUUUGUCCAGAAGGAAAUUGAUGGCAACAGAACAUUUAUCUCUAAGAUAGACACGCUGCCCAAGUAUCAAGACUACACUCGUGAGUCUUUCGUGUACUACUUCCCUGAUACUGGAUUUGACCCUCAACGUCCCACCAUCUGGCCACACCACGAGGAGGAUCAGCCCUAUGUCAGGAAAGAGGGCGAAGAUCACCACUAA